GUUAUAUGCCAGAAUGACGUUAAAGAUUCGGACAAUCAUUAUUUUAUUUUGCGUGAUUUCUGUCACAACAACGUCACAGUCACUCAAUGCAACCUUAAAGACAUUCGACCCCCGACUGUUAAACUCGACGGCUGAUCGAGAUAUAGCAAUGAAAAAUGUGCCAUUAGUACGAUUAACGAGACAUUUAUUGUCACCAGAGAGAUAUGAUGUGCGUGUCAGGCCGAUUCUUGAUCACAAGAAAUCUCUGAAAGUGCAUAUCAGUAUAUCACUCUAUCAGAUCAUUGAAGUGGAUGAGCCGUCUCAAAAUAUUAAAUUAAAUGUUUGGAUGAUUCAAAAAUGGAGAGAUGAAUAUCUUGAUUGGAAUCCCAAUGAAUAUGGAAUGAUCAAUUCAACAAUUAUUCCAUUCCAUCAUCUCUGGAUUCCGGACACUUAUCUUUAUAACAGUGUGAAAAUGAGUCGAGAUGAAACUGAAAGAUAUAUGAACAUUCAAGCAACUUCAAAUUAUUGGAAAGGAGAAAAGGGAGCUGAACUUUCAUUUCUCUAUCCGGCAAUUUACACGAUUACUUGUCGAUUAAAUAUUCGAUUUUUCCCGUACGAUCGACAAAACUGCACACUGACAAUAUCGAGCUGGACAAAUUCAAAAUCUGCUCUUGACUACUAUGCAGACACCGAAGUGAGCAUGCAAUCAUUCAUUCCAAAUGAAGAAUGGCAGGUGAAGUCAUUCAAAAUUCAUAGACAUGAGUACAAAUACGCGUGUUGUGCCGAGCCAUGGGUGAUCCUUCAAGCCUCAUUGGUUAUUCAACGAAAACCUCUUUACUACCUAGUAAAUCUUAUUAUUCCAACAUCAAUCAUUACUUUAGUAGCUAUCACUGGAUUCUUCACUCCGGCUUCUACAGAUGAUGACAGAACUGAAAAGAUCAAUUUGGGAAUCACUACACUUUUGGCAAUGUCUAUCUUGAUGUUAAUGGUGUCUGAUCAAAUGCCAACUACUAGUGAAUUCGUACCACUUAUUGCUUGGUUCUACCUCUCAAUAAUCAUAAUCAUCUCAAUUGGUACUUUCCUUACAAGUGUUGUACUUUCUGUACAAGGACGUCGGCAAUAUGGAAGAAAUCCUCCACAAUUCAUUCGUUAUAUCUUCUUCGUUCUCCUUCCUCAAGUCCUAUUGCUCAAUGUACCUCCACCACUUCAAACUCUUUGGGGAGAACUUGAUGAUGAUCCAUUGAAUGUUCGAAGAAGGAAAAAGUCACAUUAUUUAUCAAGAAAUGUGAAUAAUGGAUCAACUAAAAUGGCAUCUCCAAUGUCCACAUUGCGAGUGCCACAGUCGGCUGGAAGUGUUUCUGAAAAGCGGCAAUCCUUCCAAAUGAUUGAUGUAACAUCUCCAAAUUCUCCAAAUACAGCCAGGUCACGUGCACCAUCUCUUGCUCCAUCAACUGCCAAAGCUACAAUGUGGGAGGGAACAAUGUCAGCACUUGCUGGAACAAAUACUCAAUUACGAAGAACUUCCAAUGUAUUCAAUAAGGAAGUGGACGAGAUGCGAAGAAAACGGCAGUGCUCCCUCGAAUGGGAGUUUUUGGCAACUGUAUUGGAUCGGUUCCUGUUGAUAGUUUUCGUAGGAGCAGUCGUCAUCGUGACAGCUGGCCUCAUUCUCGUUGGCAGAAUGGCACAAUACAGUUAUGACCACCCGGAUGACCGAUUCUUUAAUGUCUAAAACUUAUCUCUUUUUUCCUAAUUUUAUCCGCAUUUCCCCCAAUAUUUUCACAUUUUUUUCUCUCUCACCCUCAUUUCUGUUUUCCAUUCAAUAACUAUGCGAUGUGUACCGGUACUUUGCUUGCUAUCUGGUUAUUUUUUUCAAUUUUCCACAGAAUUCUAUGGCUUUGAAUGAAAAUUUUUAUUUCGACG